GGCAGUGUAUUAAAAAGAAAGCCUCUGUAUUGGUAUCGCCCAAAGUCUAUAAAUACUCUGCUUAGCUGCACUCUAUCCGGCGCACUGUGUGCAGCUUCGGUUGCUAAGGAACGGCUGAAUGCAGGUGGCAUAAAGAUGCUGGUGGCAUGGUGAGAAAGUUGGUCUGGCAGGUUGAGGUGUGGAGGGGACACCGCAAACCACGCCAGGAUUCUGACUAACACAAUUUCCACUGCCCACAGUAGAUCCUCCUCUUCAUCUCCAUGUGUAUCCUCAGAUUGUAGCUACAAUUAUGGUGACACUUAUCACAGAGCAGCUCCGCAAGCAGAGUUUGGAAGAGCCUUAUUACAGGGCUUUCUCGUUCAACGUGAAUGUGUCGUUACCUGCAGUGGGCUCCAGUCCCACUGUCUCAUGGAGUGCUUGCAGAUCAACACAAGACACCAGCUCAGCAACACACCCAUCAUCCAAAGCCAACCUUGUGGAUGAUUCCUGUGGACCAGACUCCCUAUGGCCUGCUUCCCAUUCUGGAGAAACUAACCAGAGACCAGAGGUGUCUUUCACAGGCGAGGCUUUCCAAAGCUCACCCCCGCCGCCACCUCCAAAACGCCACUGCCGUUCCCUUUCUGUUCCAGAGGACCUGUCGCGGUGCCGCUCCACUUGGCAUCCUAGUGCAUCCAAGGUUUGGACCCCAGUCAAACGUGGAAGUCAGAGUGGAGGAGCAUCAAGUUCAGGCUCUGGAGCCAGCUCUUUGCCACUUUGUGGUCCCAGUUCAUCCUUCACCUCGUCAUCCCUAAACUCAUCUUCUAGCCCCACCUUCUUUAGCUUAGCACUGUCCUCUGACUCCCCACUACCAUGGAGCUUCCCAUGGGACCCCUGUGACAAACUGAAAGGAGCCUGUUCUGCUUCCUUUGCUUCUCCUUCCUCCUGCUCCUCUUCACCGGCCCCCCUGAUUUCUCACUCAUUGCUGCAGCGCCGCUUCUCCCUCUCCCCUGUGCAUAUUCAGGACGCCCCUGUGGUGCUUCUGCCCCCCCGGCCUUCCCCUGCUUCUGCUCUAACAUAUGGCUGUUCUAGCAUGGAACACCCAGCCCUGUCUCCAUCACCCACUUCCGCCUGCAGUACACCUUCCUCCUCUAGGCGCGACCUACACCCGGCGCUGCCACGUUGUCACUCACAGCCAUGUGACAUGCGUAAACCUCGCUUGAAGAGGCGCCAUGACCCAGAUGUUUUACCCUGCGCCAGGCCAGGCCUAGACUUCAGCAAGAUGACACAGAUUGGUAAUCAGGAGAGCCUAGUGUGUGCUACAGGGGGCUGUGUUGUCCAGGUGUCUUCCCAGGCAGAGCAGCGCUCGGCCUUCUCCCCUGCAGAGUUCCUGGGUCGAGCCAGCAUUGGGCCACUAAGUGAAAGUGAAGAGGAGGAAGAAGAGGAGGAGGAAGAUCAAAGAAAAAGGACUCUUAUAGACGACGGACAAAAGAUUGUUUUUGAAAGAGACUGCACAGAACUGGACUUGAACCUCAUAGAAGAGAACUGACCACUCCUUUGGGCUCCCAGUGUGAUUACUGCAUUCAUAACCACGUUAAGCACACCUGUAGGCUUUGUACACUCUUCUGGCAGAGUCCUUUGGGAACCUGCUGCCCUCCUGAGGCAUAUGUCAAGAGUGCAUAAUCAAGUACCAAGCAAUUAGACGCUAAUAUCAAAUUACAGUGUUAUAGGGAAAUGUGCAUGAGCAAAUAAGCUAGUUUUCAUGCAUAUGGUAUGCUUGUAUCUCAUAUUGACUUAAUUUGCAUCAGCAAUCGUCACACAUCUUGACAUCCGUGCAUAUCUUCAUCUGAGAACACUAUACACUAGGGUCAGCAGAAUCGUCCUUAAUAUUUCAGCACAAGGGAUUUUGACAAAUCUUGUUAUUCCGUCAGCCAGGAUCAGCUGCAGCCUCCUGCGACCCUGCAAAAAGGAUAAGCGGUGACAGAUGAUAGAAUGAUGGGUGACUAUUUUAAACAAACGCACACGAAAAGCUAAUCGUUGAAUGGGCCAGAGAAAAGCGUUCCUCAUCUUGGGGUCGUCUGCUUUUGAAUUUGGGAACGACUGUAUGGGGCCGUUGAAGGUGGCCAUAAUGUUGCGGCACUGGUCAAAAUGAUAUACAAGUUGCGCAAACAACACAAGACACAGAUUUAUACUUAAAUGCUCUCCUGUGGGUUUAACAGGAUACAUUCCAGGUUUUCCCUACAGUUCUUUAAAUCCCCUCAAGACUCAUCUUUUACUGCUGUUCUGUCAUUUAUUUAGCCAGUUUGAGUAAAUCUGUAUCAUCAGUGGGAAGCUUUUCUUGCAGUGGCAAUGGAAUUAUAGCUCUCCCCUUUUUGGUAACGUGUUUUCUUUCUAUCAACUGUUUUAACAUCGACACACCUCGUCAACAAUAUUACUGAUGAUACUGUAAACUUGACCAUGCCUUAAGCUUAAAAAUAGAGUUCUUGGUGCUCUGGUCUUCUUUUUCACAGCCAGACAGUUUUGCAGUCUCCAUUUGCGCUGAUUCAGAUGUUUUCGAAAACAGGUGGGGCACAUGCACUACAACAGUCAGCCGGGUAACCAGAUUGACACCGCGGCUGGACUCCAUAAGGGCACAAUGUUGAUCUUACUGUACAGUGGUUAGAGUGAGUGCACACGUCGAGCCAACUCUUGAGCGUACGUGACAAAGGGUUAGUGAUGCGGAUGAUUUCCGGUGGCCUUUCAGAGAUGAUUUUUUUUCAUGUGUUUUCAGAUAGAAAUAUUACUGUUGCACAAUUUAUGUACAAAUAAAAUUUAAUAGAGAAUGAUA